AUGGAGAGAUCGUCCAAAGUCAGCCGAUCAGUCCAACAGGAGAAUCCUGGAAAACAGAAGGAGGCGAAUGACAAGACCCAGGAUGGGAAACUACAGGUGAAGCAGGAAACCACAGAUGAAGCACUAACAGACCAAAACGUGAUGGCCGGGGAGGCUUUGGACCGGAGGAACAUCUGGGAGCCGAGUGUUUACUACGCGCUGGGAAAGGAGUCUUUUUAUUUUGCUGGUCAUAACAUCAGCAUCCGCGAGUCCAUAGAUAGUUAUGGUGCUCUGAUCUGGCCUGGGGCCGUAGCUUUGUGCCAGUUUUUGGAGAAUAACCAGCAGCAAGUGAAGCUGAUGGACAAAGCCGUGCUGGAGAUUGGAGCUGGGACCGGUUUACUCUCCAUAGUGGCAAGUCUGCUCGGGGCUUGGGUGACAGCUACUGACCUGCCAGACAUCUUGUCUAAUCUGACCUUUAACCUUCUGCGAAACACCAAGGGCCGCUCCCGCUACACCCCUCAGGUGGCCGCCCUAUCCUGGGGUCAGGAGCUGGAGCGAGACUUUCCCUACCCGUCCUACCACUACGACUACGUGCUCGCAGCUGAUGUAGUCUAUCACCACGACUGUCUCGAGGAACUGCUGGAAACCAUGCGUCACUUUUGCCGACCAGGAAGUCAAACGACGCUGCUGUGGGCCAACAAGAUCCGGUUCCAGUCAGACGUGAAGUUCACAGAGCGCUUUAAGAGCAGCUUUAACACCACGCUGCUCACUGAGCUCCCCCAGCAGGACGUGAGGAUAUACGAGGCCACAGCAAAGGAGUGA